AUCACGGUGCAAGCAGCGUUUCUCACCCAGCCUGCAAGCAGCGUUUCUCACCCAGCCGUCCGUUUACUGCCUCAAUCACGGUGCAAGCGGCGUUUCUCUCUUUUUGCUUGGAGGCUGGAGCGUUGACUACCAAUUCACCCAGCCGUCCGUUUACUGCCUCAAUCACGGUGCAAGCAGCGUUUCUCUCUUUUUUUCAUCUACUCCCCUAAAAAUUCUCUCAAUCUCAGUGACGUUUCACUGCAAUCAAGUCAGAAAUUCACUAUAAAAUAUUGUCGGAAAGAUUUAUUUUUUACCAUGUUCGAUUCUUUCAUUCAUACCACUGAUUUUCACAAAACUUCACAAAUCCGCCGCUCACCGGGUGUUGGGAACGGCCGUUCGACCGUUAUAAGCUGUCCACAUGUCGACGACUAAUGGAUGUAUACGCUUGAGUGCCCUCGACGAUAAAAUGAGAAAUAAAACUGUAACUGUCAGAAUCCUUCGCUUGUGGAUUCAAAAGGACAUGUCAGGCAAAGAAGGCAUAGAAAUGAUUUUAGUCGACGAAUGAGGUGAUAAAAUCCAGGCUUCCAUCUCUGCAAGCUACAAGAGUAACUUUUUGCCUUUACUCAAAGAAGGGCAAAUAACAAUGAUAGAAAAAUUUCAAGUGUUGAAAAACAAGCCCAAUCUCCAAAAUGCAAAGAUCAAUCAUGCGUGUAAGAUUGGCUUCAGCCUUGCUUCGAAAGUGUCAAUGCAAAACGAAAAUGUCAAAAUUACCGAAAAUGGUUUUGAUUUCAUUUGUUUCAAGGAUAUAUGCAUGCACGACCCGACAUUCGUCGUGGAUAUUCUUGGUGAAGUUCAGACCCCAAUUAUUAACAUUGAUUGGGUGGAAUUCAAAAAUAGCAAAGUUUCCAAGAGUGAUGUCAUUAUUACUGAUACAGAUGGGACAAGAUUGACUUGCGUAUUAUGGGGUUCGUUCGCCGAUCAACUAAAGUCAUUUAUGGAUAGCAAGUCGAAAGAGGAUAAAGAGACUGUUAUAAUUGCAUUGCAAUUUGCAAUGAUAUCAAAAUUCAAAGGUGAAACAAAAGUUUCAACUAUGAAGAAUGCCACACGAUUUUUCAUCAGGCCCGAUAUCCAGGAAGUGAAAAAUUUUAUUCAAAGUUUAACAUAUAUCAUACAACAUUAUGAGGAUUUUGACAAAUUUUAA